UCCCCGCGGCGUAAGGAGUCCAACUACCCACAAAAUGCUUUUUCAUGCGUAGUUUUCCUUUCACACCAUCUGAUCAUUUACCAACUGCGAGGAAUCCACAUAAUAAAAUCGACAACUACAUUUAUUACGCGCGCCACAUUAUGGCACCAAUACCAACCUCCACAAAGAUGCACACAAACACCUCUGCAGGACCACAAAAGGAUGCUAUUCAAAAAAAAAUCUGCGCUCUCCCUCGAGAAGUGAUGAAACUAGUUUUUGUAGUUCAGUUGUUGUUAUCGUUGUUAUAAAUAUUACAUGUGUUGCUGGUGGGGAGAGGUGUUCGGUUCGGCAUUUACGUUACCUCCGCGAUAAAAUCAUACACAAGGUUCAUCAACUACUGGCAGGCUAGCCUGCCACCAAAAAGGUCUGUGCUCCAUUCAAAGCAUCCAGCAUCUGGCGGUGGAUCGGAGCGGCAACGGAAAACCAAACAAAAGUUCAGACAAAGGCAAAUACAACCCUUGUAACCAAACACACACACGUACGUACGGCAAGGACCUUGUACGUUUGUAUGUGUGCACUCCCUGGAGCUUUCGUUUAAAUACCCUAAACGAGCCAAAUGGCUGACAGCGGCGCCAUCACUGGUGAUCACCCGAAAUUGUGAAACAACAAUUACAACCAGAGCACCAGAGGCACAGGGAUUGAAGUAAACCGCAAAACCAUCAUUAUCGAGGUGGUCCUUCCGUAAGCGGAUGAGAAAACAGCUCGACGGUGGUCGCACCAAAAAAGAAGGAAAGUUUUGCCCGUCAGUGAGUUAUUGGCGAAUACAGACGAAAGCCAGCGUGGAAGCGGAAAACUUAUCAAGUGUUUUGUAACCCAACAUCGUUUCGCGGAGAACGUUUGAUGCUACAACAUUAACAGAGUCGAGCAUCCCGACGCGAGGAAUGAGGCUGGAAAAUUAAAUUUUGUGGAAAACCUCUCUCCAUCACACGCUUUAUUCGCGGCGCUUCUCGAAUUAGAACGGAAGGGUUGACUGUCACACAGUGUCAUCGAGAAGAAUCCUAUCGGAGUGACAGAACAUAGCUAUGGAUCCCCACAAUCCCUUCAACUUCCAUCUGGGCCCUCCAGCCGGCAGCUCUGUGCAUUCUCAUACUCACCCGGAACCGACACCGAGUCCUCCGCAAAGCGUGCCUGGUAGACGAACCCCAUUGGGAACCGUCGGAUUGGGAGGUUUCUUCGCCCAACCACACGCUUCAGCAUCAACCUCGUUAACAGACGAAAACCGCCCUUCAGGGAGCGCAGAAAGUCAUUUCAGUCCGCCACCGCCUCACCACCACCAGACAGCACCGGUCGCCGCGGGGAAGCAAAAGAACCGCCAGGGUAAGUCUGUGCGACUGAACAUCAACGCUAGGGAGCGACGCCGGAUGCACGAUUUGAACGACGCGCUCGAUGAGCUGCGAAGCGUGAUUCCUUACGCACAUUCGCCAUCCGUGCGGAAGCUGUCCAAGAUCGCAACCCUGCUGCUGGCCAAAAACUACAUCCUGAUGCAGGCAAAUGCGUUGGAUGAGUUGCGACGAUUGCUGGCUUACAUACAAAGUGCAGCCGGAGCGGGAGCUCCCGCGAUCGACUUCAGAACCAUGCCUUCCGCUUUGAAGUUACAACAAUUGCUUCAAACUCCACAGCACGAAUUACAACAACAAGCGCAACAACAAUUACAACAGCAGCAGCAGCAGCAACAUCACCAGCAAAGCGCUCCCCCUCCAUCAAACCCGUGAACAUAGAAUUCUGAAAUUUUCCCCCGAAUGCCAAAUGUUCUAUAACCCCCACAAUUAUUAAGCAAACGUUUGUGAACUAUUAUGCUAGUCAUUUGAGUAGUAGGAUCAUACUUUGUAGUAAGACAAAUGGAAAUUUAUAAACGAUCCUGUUAGGAAUAAGUUUCGAUACUAGUCAUUUUUGUGAAAAGCAGAAACAAAAUGCAACAGUUGCCAAAACAUUUUCAUAUAUUUAGAAUGAUCAAUAAAGUGUAGUAGAUGCAAUUA